AUAAAAUAAACCGGGAAGGGAAUGCAUCCUCCCUCCGGUCCUUCCGGUUUCCGGUACAUCCCUCUACUCUGAAUCCCAUACUCCAUUAACCCGGAAUUUCCCGGUUUUAACUCCUCCGAUUAUCCCUCCACCAGCUCCGACCACCGCCCUCGGAGGCACACCUUUAUAUCACCUACCUCUCUCUUCUUUAGGGACUAAUCGCUUUGCCUUGAGAACAAACAGCCAUUUUUUGGGUGAUACUAUAUAGCCAGACUCCGAGCUCGGCGAAGAUGUCGCAGCCGGGAAAUCCGGCCAAUAGCACCACCAUCAACAGUAGCAUUCCAGUGAGCGAAGCCUACUGGUCUCUUGUUGACAAAGCUGACCGGAAGUUCUCCAAGAUCAGGGACCUGCCUUAUUACGAGCGCAAUAGGUACGAUGCGUAUUUCCACAAGGCGUUCAAAGUGUACACACAGUUAUGGAAGUUUCAGCAAGAGAAUCGUCAGAAGUUGGUCGAGGCAGGGCUAAAGAGAUGGGAGAUUGGCGAGAUUGCUUCACGAAUUGCUCAGCUUUACUUUGGGCAAUACAUGAGGACCAGUGAAGCGAGCUAUUUGUCUGAGUCUUACGUAUUUUAUGAAGCAAUAUUGACUCGAGAGUACUUCAAGGAUGGAUUGUUUCAAGAUGUCAGUCUUGCGAACAAGCAGUUGAGAUUCCUGUCCAGAUUUCUGAUGGUGUGCCUGGUUCUGAAUCGAAGAGAAAUGGUGCACCAGUUGGUUAAUCAGCUCAAAAUGUUGCUCGAUGAGUGUAAGAGAACAUUCCAGGAAACGGACUUUAGAGAAUGGAAGCUGGUAGUUCAGGAAAUAAUGAAAUUUUUGAAAGCAGACACAGCCUUUAUGAAUAUCAGGCCUUUCAGAUAUAGUGUUGUGUUAGAGCCUCAUCCAGAUUCUCUAACACCUGUUCCUCCAACGCUUACAACGAGAUACCUGAGGUUACAGGAUGCUAUUCUGAGUAGCUACAAUCAUAAUGAGGUCAAGUUUUCUGAGCUCACGCUAGACACUUUCAGGAUGAUCCAGAGCCUGGAGUGGGAGCCCAGUGGUUCCUUUUAUCGACCAAAUAAUAGAAGUGGGCAGAAUGGUGGUACUGGGCCAAGCCGCAGUAACUUCUCACAGGAUAUAGUUGAUCCUACUCUCCCAUCUAAUCCUCGGAAGUCAAUUUUAUACCGUCCUUCAGUGACACAUUUUUUAGCAGUUCUAGCUACAAUUUGUGAGGAGAUGGCAAGUGAUGGGGUUCUCUUGAUAUAUUUGUCAGCUGCAGGCAGUGGAAAGAAUUUUUUAUCUUCCCCAGCUGGCACUGAUCUAGGGUGUGAGUCUAUCAACAAUGCGGACAAUAUUGAUAAAACCAAGUCUCCUUGCAGUCAGGUUGAAGGAGGUUACAAAGGUCUCCAAAGUGGUUGCUUAUCAUUUGGCACUCGUGGAAAAGGAGGAUUAAGCUGCAUAUAUCCAAGUGAUUUGGUUCCAUUUACUAGAAGACCAUUUCUUUUAGUUAUUGAUAGUGACGGCAGUGAAGCAUUUGAGACUAUUCAUGGAGCAGAAAAGGGAGAGCCAGCUGCAAUGCUGUUAUCCCCCACUGCUAUUACUCAUGCUGUUGCUACCGAUUAUUCUCGUCAUGGAAGCCUUUUCACCCUCUUUCUCACAGCUCCUCUGCAUGCUUUCUGUCUAUUGCUUGGUAUCUCAGGCUCUGAUGUUGAAAUGGAUACAUUUAGUAAAGCUGAGAACGUGCUAUCCUCGUCAUUAAGUGAGUGGGGGCAGUUAUUGGUGACAUCAGAGAGCCUUGACCAAGUUUGGGCACAGAUUUUGAAUGAUCCAUUCAUAAGGCGACUUCUCUUGAGAUUUAUAUUCUGUCGUGCUGUGUUAACAUUCUACGCACCAACCUUGGGUAAGAAGGAAUAUAUUCCGAGGUGUGUGCCAUCUCUGCCCUCCGUCGUCGAUCCGACAACAGCAACAUUGCAAUCUGUAGUCAUGAAGAUAGCAAAUAUCCUUGGUGUAAGCCGCAGUUUCGUCUUCUCAGAAAACCUGCUACUUUCUGAAAACUAGCAAUGAAAUAUGUUCUAAAAAAAACUAGCAAAACUGUAUCACUUCUUGCUAUUUUUGGUGUGUGCUUUUUGUGUAAAUGGAUUUGGAAUAUCUUUGGGUGUGAUUGAACUGCAGAGAAUGCUAUUGAAAGUGGUUUUGAACGUUUCUUGAAAUAUGACCUAAAUGAAUCAUUUCAAUCAUUGGUGGAA